AUGAUCGCCAUCGUGUGGAUCUUCUACUACGGCUCGCAACCGCAAGCCAGCCACCGCGCCUUCGUCGACUCCUACGCCCUGCACAAGGAGCACCCCGGCUCGCGCUCCUCCCGCCCCAUCUCCAACGGUUACACCAACCGGCCCGAAACCCAAACCGCCAACAUCCCGCCGCAAAUGUACACAUCCGCCCAACUAAACGGGUUCGAAACCUCGUCGCCCGUCUCCGGCUACCCCGGCGGUCCCGUCGGCGCAAACGGCCGCAACAGCUCAGCCCCCCAGUUCGGCGGCAUGAACAACAAUGUCUCGACUCCCACAAACGACGACGCAAACAACCAGCAAGAAGCUUCCAUCGAGUACCCGUACCGCGCCAAGGCUAUCUACAGCUACGAAGCCAACCCCGACGAUGCGAAUGAGAUUAGCUUCCAAAAACACGACAUCCUCGAAGUCUCGGACGUGAGCGGACGGUGGUGGCAGGCUAAGAAACCAAACGGCGAGACGGGUAUCGCGCCCAGCAACUAUCUCAUCUUGUUAUAA